AUGGAGCGGAGGGAACAUUUAACCUUAACUUUCCACAGUCCUGAGGUUCCCAAAAUAAAGGGGGACCGGAAAUACCAAAGGCCUACCCUCCCUGCCAAAAAACAUCCAAGUGCCUCGAUGUCAUCUCAGAGGCGGCAGCAGCAUGUGGUUCAGACACACAUCUACAUCCGAAUGCUCUGUGGCAGCCUUUGUAGUUUUAGCCUCUUAAUGCUGAUCGGCAUGUCCCCACUGAACUGGGUGCAGUUCCUGGUGAACAGGAAUGGCCUUGAGCUCUACGCAGGACUCUGGACCUUAUGCAACCAUGAGCUGUGCUGGAGCCACACACCCAAGCCACCCUAUUAUCUCCAAUAUUCCAGGGCCUUCUUUCUCAUCUCUAUCUUCACCAUACUCAUUAGCCUUGGCUGGCUCUUCAGCUCUUGCCUCCCUAGUAGAGGAAGCAUGACCACCAACUUGGAUCUGAAGGUAUCCAUGCUCAGCUUCAUCUCAGCUACCUGCUUGCUCCUCUGUCUCAACCUGUUUGUGGCACAGGUUCACUGGCAUACUAGGGAUACCAUGGAGUCAGAUUUCCUAUGGACCUAUUAUCUUAACUGGUGCAGUGACUUCUUUUACACGGUUGCUGGGAUUAUCUUUCUUCUCAACUACUUUACUUCCAGAUCUCCUACCCAUGAUCAAAGUAUCACUGUGAUUCCAACAGAGAUAUCAAGGCUGGGGUUUGGUCCAGUGACUACAGUAUCACCUGCUAAAAAUGAAGGGCCAAGGUCUAAGAUGAAAUCUCAAAAUGUGAGACAGAAAAAUUUACCAAAGGCAGGACUGUGA